AUGAAGGCUACGCAGGAUAAGACAUUCAACACCCUCCCCCACGAAGUACAGUUCAACGCUCAAUUUCAAAUUUUAGUGACGCCUGCUCUCGAACCUCGAUCAGUAAUGCGUGAGGAUAAGAUUUUUGAGUCCGCAGGCGUUCAACUCAAGUGCCUUGACAGAGCACAAGAAUACAAGUUAAAGAUUACACCCACAUUAGCGCGAUCGAGAUUCUUGUUUAAAAAAGUGAUGUACUUUUAUAAGCGCGUUAACUGGAUACAAAUCUACUCACAUAUUAAGGUCAAACGUGGAGAUUCAGUUGUCAUCUGA